AUGGAUCCAGAUACUGCAGUCCCACCCACUACCAUCUCGGGAGACCUUCCUAUUCGCACCGGCAAGCCGAUGGAGCCGUCAAUCUCAGCAGACGCCGAAAAUACACCCUCCCAAGAUCAUUCAUGGCCAUCCAAGCCGACAACAAUCGAAACUGCCCCAGAUGACCAACUCCCCAAAUCCAAGUCCCAAGUCGGCAUUCCUCAAACCAAGCUGGAUGAUGAGGUCGCUAUCAGAGCAGGCGAGAUCAUGGCAUCGGCUGGCCCCAAAGCCAAACGCAGAAAGCCCAAGAGCAAGCGUGGACUCGGAAAGCCAACAGGAUUUGAAGAGUAUUAUGCCGACGGUCCCAUGACACCAGAAGAGCAUGAGGAAAGCCAUCAGCUUUACGGCCCGUCCUACUCAUUUGAACAGCGUAUCCAGGAAGCUCUUACCCGGUACCAAUGGAAGCGCCGGAUGGAAAAUGACAGACGUGCCAUUUUCUUCAAGUACCUACAGUACGGUGGAGUAGAUGCCAGCCAGAAUUACGGAACGGGCGUUUCCCUCAAGGAGCUAGAGCAAAUGUCAAAUGACGAAGCACGUCAGGCUCGCAGCCAGACCAUGAUCCAACGGGACCGGGAGGAGCUGGAGGUCAAUUUUGAGGCGGUGGCACGGGGUUUCUUGAGCUCAUUCUACGCCAAUCACUACAACCCAGAAAGUGAGGAGAGUAUCAAGGUUGCAACUGGGACUAUCCGAAACCUCCUCACAUAUCUUCUCUAUCAUGAUGUGUGUCCCGAGUACAAGGACGACAUUCACAAGGCGCGGCAAAUCUGCGAUAUUGCCUCGGUGGAACUUUGGAAGAAUGUCCAAUUGAUCCAGCAAGGUCCCGGAACUUUCAAUCAAAGCUGUUCGAUGCUUUUCGGCGGCAGAUAUGCUGAAAGCGGCAAAGAUACCUGCGACUGGAUGCCAGCACAGUGUUGGCCAGGUAAUCUCACCCCUGACGCUGCCCGCAAGGUCGUCAAGUUUGCGAUUGCCGGUACCGGGACUCACGAGCAGGCCGUUCGGUUCCAGGUGCUGGCAGCCCAGGGAAAGCUCUCAGCCAAACAGAUCCCGGACAUUGACGGCUUUGAGGUGAUCUCCAUCAGCCAGCCCGAAAAUGACAUUCGUGAAUUUUACCACGAAUACGCUCCAGACCUGCCUGUCGUUGGAAAGAUUAUAGCCAAAUCAUUCCGCAACCCUGCCAAGCCGGAAAUUGACAUGAGUCCCGAAGAGCGCAAGGCUUGGCAGGAGGGCAAGGCGCCAAAGUACGACUUUGUGUUUUUCGUCGAGGAGAACCUUCUUCAGCACUGCUACCCGGGUCUGAGGAUCGCUUCUAGCAUCUGGGAAAUCAAUUGCGGAGUGUACUACUUUGACGAGAUUAUCUCGGCAUAUCCGUCGUUCCAUUUGGUCCUGGCUAAUGACUUGAUGCUGCGCUGGAAGACUCCUAAGGAAAUCGUUGAGGAGAAGCAAAAGCAUUUGGAGAUGCAGGAUGAGGGAUGGCAGCAGCCGGAGGUAGAGGAUGAUCCAGAGGGAGAUGGAAAGCUCGAUGGUGUCGGUGAAGCAAUUAAGGAUGCUUUUGAAAUUAGUCGCAGGCUUAGAGAACAGGCAGAGGAGGUCGGCAAUAAGUGA